UGGGACGAGCGACACUGGUGCAUCAGCACUGUGCCGAGAGCUCAAGAGGGAAACCUCGUAUCGGUGCGUGUAUUGCUUUAAGAAAGAAUGACGUGACCGAUACAGGAACUGUGUCGUUUGGAUGUGCCGCGCCAAAGUGUGUUUAUCAGGAAACAAACUGUAUCAUCAUGUCGUGGGUUUGUCGGAUGGAGUUUUGCUUGAUCAUGGAUCGUCCUAGGAAGUUUUCCCCGGUGUGGAAUAAUUUUGAUCUCGUGACGCCAAACAAGGUAAAUCUUUUUCUCCUUUAUAUACUAUUUUUUACGGUGGCGCAUUGCAAUCACUUUAUCAGUUUAUCAAGUGAAUGACCUGUGAUUCAUAUGAUAGUCAGUUAAAGAGCCUUACAGUUGCUUUAUUCAUGUCAUCAUGUAAUUAUGAGAUCCUGAUCUCGUAAUCAUGAGAUAGGGUGUCUAUUUUGUUUAACAAGUGAAUGCAAUGUUCUGGUAAGAGGUUUGAAUUGUUUUCAGAUAAAUUUACUUUUUAUGUUAUUGUAGGUGAAGUGUCGGCUCUGCUCCACAGAGCUAUCUUAUAUCAAUAAGAGCACUUCAUCAAUGCUGAGGCAUUAUAGAGCUCGGCAUGGCAAUGAAGAAUUGGCAGAUACUCGUGAGAGUACCCCAGUUCCUAACAAGCAAGCAGUGGAUGAGGCAGUGGUCAAUAUGAUCAUCAAAGACUGUCAGCCACUCAGCUUUGUUGAAAAUGAGGGAUUCAGGGAGCUCCUGAAGCUUAUUGUACCCUCGUAUGCUCUACCCAGCAGGAAGACCAUCAAGGACUUGGUGAGCCAGAGAUAUGAGGAGGAAAAGGAGAAAACCAAAAAGGACCUCCAGAGUGCUGUUGCUGUUACUUUAACAGCUGAUAUGUGGACGUCCAUGAAUAUGGAGGCAUAUCUAGCUGUUACUGGCCACUAUGUGGACAAAGAAAGCCAUGAACUCCAUUCAUCAGUCUUGGCAGUGCAGCAUUUUCCUCAGAAACACACUGCAGAAAACAUUGCCACGGUUAAAAGGAGCCUCAUGGAGGAGUGGGGCAUAGCAGGAAAGGUCAGGUGUCUUGUCACUGAUGCAGCAGUAAACAUGACUGCAUGUGCUCGAAUGCUGCAAAUACGGCAUACCAUUUGUAUAGCCCAUUCCCUGAAUUUAAUUGUGAGAAAAUCAUGUGAUCAAAUCCCAACAAUAACUGAAAUACGCAACAAAACACGACACAUUGUGACAUACUUUCGAUCGAGCGUGACUGCUAAAGAGAAGCUCACUCAAAUACAGCAACAGCUGGGAACACCGGGCCAUAAAUUAAUAAACGAGGUGCCAACACGAUGGAACAGUACCUACCAAAUGUUUGAAAGAAUGACUGAGCAGAAGGAGGCAGUCUGGGUGUCACUGGCCUCAUUAAAACCUGACAUCACUCCACUGACUCCAGAAGAAUGUCAGAUCAUUGAAGAGAUGCUCAGGGUUCUUGUUCCUUUUGACCAAGCUACAAGAGAACUGUCUGAGGAAAAAAGGGUCUCUGGGUCGAAGGUCAUUCCCAUGAUGAGAAUGCUCCACAUUGAGCUUCAACGUCAGGCCACAACAGUGACACAAACAGCUGCUCAGCAACUGGCUCAAAACCUGAGGAAGCGGCUAACUGACGCUAUUUGCGGCAUAGAAUCUCUCAGUGUGAUGACUCUGGCAACUCUGUUAGAUCCCAGAUUUAAAAAGAAUGGAUUUGUUAGUCAGCAAAAGGCAAGUGAAGCGGUGAAGAGACUGCAGUCAGAAUGUGCAGAAGAAAUGAGGAGCCAAGAGCCUGACCCAAGAGAAGAAGAGCCUAGCUCUUCACAUGGGUCAGAACCCAGUUCAGGGCACAAUCUCUGGAAGACUUUAGAUAUGGAGGUUGCAGAGACCCAGAAGACGAGGAACGCAACAGCUGACUCCAUUAUUGAAGUCCAACGCUACCUGGCAGAAACAAACACACCCAGAAACCAAGAUCCUUUGCAAUAUUGGAAAUGGAACCAGAACAUAUACCCACAUCUUCAUCAACUUGCACUUAAAACUCUCUGCUCACCAUCAUCGUCUGUACCAUGCGAAAGAGUAUUUUCCAAGGCUGGGGAGCUGGUGUGUAAGAGGAGAAAUCGCCUUGGAGCAAAGACACUCGAAAAACUUUUGUUUCUCAAUAAAAAUUCAUGAACUGAUCACUUUUUUGUCUUUUAUUUCAUAUGAUUUAACAGUUAAGUUGACAAAUGUGCACAUAAGUUAAAAAAUUGUAACUCUGAAUUUUUACUCUAAUUUGCUAUAUUUUACAUACCAACUCAGUUUUAGCAUUUACACGAACAAGGACUUUCUUUACCUGCAAUGAUUUUAUAACUACUGCAGGGGUCACUAUUGGGUGACCAACACAGUAU